UCCUACACUCAAAUUAUAUUAAAUUUUCGUUUAAUAUUAUUAUAAACAAUAGUAAUAAUAACUUAUUGUUAUAAUGCCGAAAAAAAAGACAGGACAAAGAAAAAAAGCAGAGAAACAAAAAUUACGACAAAAAGAAAUUAGAACUGCUAAAGAUCAAAUAGAUAUCGCUAAAUUCCCUUGCAAUGCGGUUAUGGAAUGUGAUAAAUGCAAUAAAAAACAAAAAAAUCGAGCAUUUUGUUAUUUCUGUUCAAGUGUACAGAGGUUACCAAUGUGCGCUCAUUGUGGAAAAAUAAAAUGUAUGUUAAAAACUGGAGAUUGUGUUGUUAAACAUCCUGGAGUAUUUAUAACUGGUUUAGGAAUGGUGGGAGCAAUUUGUGAUCAUUGUGAAGCUUGGGUAUGUCAUGGUAGAAAAUGUCUAACUGUUCAUGCUUGUAGUUGUCCUCUGGUUGAUGCUGUUUGCCAAGAAUGUGAAAGAAGCGUUUGGGAUCAUGGUGGACGAAUAUUUAAAUGUUCAUUUUGCGAUUGUUUUUUGUGUGAAGACGAUCAAUUUGAACAUCAAGCUUCUUGUCAAGUCCUUGAAGCUGAUAGUUAUAAGUGCCAAUCUUGUAAUAAAUUAGGUCAAUAUUCUUGCUUGAGAUGUAAGACAUGUUAUUGUGAAGAUCAUGUCCGAAGAAAAGGUUUUAAAUAUGAAAAGAAUAAAGCUAUUCCUUGUCCAAAAUGCAGUUAUGAAACAUCACAAACUAAAGAUCUUAGCAUGUCUACACGAAGCCAUAAAUUUGGAAGACAAAAUCAAGCUGGAGCUUAUGAUUCUGAUGAAGAAGGUGGUUAUGGUACUUAUGGAAACUACAGUUCAACACCAGCUUAUGAUGAAGAUGAAGAUGAUGAGGAUUACGAUGAUGGUGAUGACGAUGAAGACGAUGAUGAUGAUGAUGAUGAAGAUGAUGAAGACGAUGAUGAAGAAACGUCUACUGGUACAGACGACGAUGAUAAUAAAAAAUCCGCACAAGCGAAUAAAUAAACUGAUUUAAAUUUAAAAAAAUAAUUACCAUACAUAAAAAAAUAAAUUUGUAUAUUCUAUGUAAAUUCAAUGCAUUAACAUAAAAUAUAAUUCAAAUAAAAAUGUUGAAAAAUCAACAAGUGCACAUUUCA